AUGCAGCCCUAUGAUUCCUCUCAGUCUUCAAUCAAUUACCAGCAAAAUCAACCAAUGGAUCCCAAUCAAGGCUACUAUAAUAAUGAACAUAAUAUUAUGCAGCAAGUUCCAAACAAUGGUAUGAAUGAUUAUUACUAUAAUACACCUACUACUUCCCAAUUUCCAUAUAAUAAUGGAUCUAUGUCUACUAAUGUACCUUAUGUUUCCCCAUCUACUAAUACCCUGAAUAUAAGUGACAAUAAUCAUUAUUAUAUUCCGCAGAAUAUGCAACUUACCCCUCAACCUACAUUGUCUUUUUCAUAUAAUAAUAUAAUUUCACCAAAUCCAAAUGUAUAUUUCGAUAAUGCAUCAGUGUAUCAAACUAAUGUAUCAAACUUAAAUAUGCACAUUUCUUCAAACCCUACUUCAUGCUACCAAGGGGAAAACUUUGCACAUAAUAUGCCUUUACCAGUUAAUCCAUUAAACAUUAAUUAUGGAUCACCAGUUAGUGGUUCAAACAACCAACAUGUACCUAAUUCAAGAAAAGAUGACGAAUGGUUUAAUUUAACAAGAAAGUUUUUAAAUAAUCCGUCAAAAAAUUCUACCCGUAAUAUUUCAUCGGUAUCUAACACUCAUCAAUCUGAUUCAAAACAAAAACAUUUUUUUAAAAAUCAAUCAAUUAAUACCAGAAAUCCAACUGCUGUUGAAACAAAGAUAUCUGAAAAACAUUCAAUUGAACAAAUAAUAGCUAACGAAAAAAAAAAACAUUAUCACUCAUUUAAAUCUGAUCUAUAUUAUAGAAAGUGUAAAGACUCAAAUGUUUCAAUAGCAAAUGAUAUAACAUUAGAAGUAUGUAAUGAAUUUGAAAGAGUUUUAGGAAAACGUGCUACAGAUGUGAAUGCAUUAAAACCAGUAUAUAGUAAGCCUCGUAAAAGUAAUGUUAAUGUUGUUAAACACAAGUGUACAAGAAUUAAAGACAAUAAUGGAUAUGAUUCUUCUAGUUCAAGUGAUGAAGAUUCAGAUUAUAAAAUUGCCUCAUUAAAAGAAAUUACUAAAAAGAGUGCCCAUCCUGAUCGACUACAUCCAGAACUUUGGUUUAACGAAUUAGGAGAAAUGAUUGAUGGGCCAGUAUGUAGAUGUAAUUUGAAAGCCCAGAGGUCUGGUAUCCGUCACAAUAUUUAUAUUGGCGAAGGACCAUUUGAACCUUGUAUACCAACUACAAAUAAUGCAGAGAAGUUAUAUCAUUAUAGAAUUACUAUUACUCCAAGUACAAAUUUUCUAAAUAAAUAUCCGACAAUUACAUUAAAGAAAAGAUGCCAGCUGAUUUUGUAAUACAAGAGUUAAAACUAUUUUAUGACUUUUUCUUCAAAGACAUAUUGGAAUUGGUAGAUUUAGAUUUACACGGUGUAGGCAAUAAAGAUGGAUGUCCUCAAUUUCAUUUCAUGCCUAGAUUUGUAAGAGAUUUGCCAAAUAACAAUAAAGAAUUACUUCCUAUGUGUAAUGUUCUUAAAUAUCUUUUAAAUAGCAAUAAAUUACUUUUUGAAGAAAACUCAUUGCCUGUUUUAAAAAGAAUGACUACUAAUAAAUGGCAAGAUAUUGUAGAUGAAUAUAAAGGCAUGAUCAUUACAAACCCAGGAACUAAACCGUGUUCAAUACGUGUCGAUCAACUAGAUAGAGAAUAUACUAAUGAUUCUACUGACAAAAAAGUUAAAUUAUAUCCAGUUGUAGUUCAUUUUGGUAUAAGACCACCACAAUUAAGUUAUAUUGGUAAUCCAGACUAUCAAAAAGCCUGGAAAGAUUAUGUAAAAUGUAGACAUCUUCUUGCAAAUAUGGUCAAACCAUCUUCUGAAGAUAAACAAAAACUUAGAACCAAGGAAAGAGCGUUACAUGAAAUGCGGUCACGUAAUGAUAUGAAACGUGGAGUCACGGCUGUUUUUAGUAGUAAAGGAUUUUAUAAAACUGGUCUCAUGUGUGAUAUAGUUCAGCAUGCGAUGCUUUUACCAGUACUCGCGUGCCAUUUUAGAUUUCAUAAAAGUUUAGAAUACUUAGAAAAAUCAAUAGGAUAUAAAUUUAAGAACAAGUAUUUACUUCAAUUAGCUUUAACUCAUCCAUCUUAUCGAGAAAAUUUUGGUACAAAUCCUGACCAUGCAAGGAAUACUCUUACAAAUUGUGGUAUAAGACAGCCAGAAUAUGGAGAUAGACGUAUUCAUUAUAUGAAUACAAGGAAAAGAGGUAUUAACACCCUUAUAAAUGUAAUGUCACAGUUUGGUAAAAAAUCGGAAAUUGAAUCAAAUAUUAUGCAUAAUGAGCGUUUAGAAUUUUUAGGAGAUGCUGUUGUUGAGUUUGUGUCUACUAUACAUUUGUUUCAUAUAUUACCUGAUAUUGAGGAAGGUGGUUUAGCGACAUUUCGAUCUGCCAUUGUGCAAAAUCAACAUCUUGCUAUGUUGGCAAAGACUUUAAAACUGGAUGAUUUUAUGUUAUAUGCUCAUAGUUCAGAUAUAUGCCAUAAUUUAGAACUUAAACAUGCAAUGGCUAAUUGCUUUGAAGCUUUAAUGGGGGCAUUAUUUUUAGAUGGAGGAAUAGAAGUUGCUGAUCGUGUAUUUGGAGAAACAUUAUUUAAGGAUUCACCAAAAUACCUUGACAUAUGGGUGAACUACCCUAAACAUCCAUUACAACAACAAGAACCAAAAGGGGACCGUAGAUGGAUCAAAACAUCACUAUUACUUCAAAAACUAACUCGUUUUGAAGAGUCUAUAGGAAUUAAAUUUAAUCAUAUCAGACUAUUGGCAAGAGCAUUUACUGACAAAAGCGUAGGUUUUACAAAUUUAACUCUUGGAUCAAACCAACGACUUGAAUUUCUUGGCGAUACUGUUCAUCAGUUAAUAACAUCGGAAUAUUUAUACAAAUAUUUUCCAGAACAUCACGAGGGUCAUUUGUCACUACUUCGUAGUUCUUUGGUAAAUAAUCGAACUCAGUCUGUUGUGUCCAAUGAUUUGAACUUGAUAAAUUAUGCAUCAUAUGCAAAUCCGAAAUUAGAUUUGAAAACAAAAGACAGAGCUGAUCUUCUAGAAGCAUUUCUUGGUGUCUUGUAUAUAGAUAAAGGUCUUAAUUACUGUCAGAGAUUUUGUAAUGUUUGUUUUUUCCCCCGUCUGCAAGAUUUCAUUUUAAAACAAGAUUGGAAUGAUCCAAAAUCAAAACUACAACAAUGUUGUUUAACAUUACGAUCAGUUGAUGGUGGAGAACCAGAUAUUCCCAUGUAUAAAGUGAUUGAAUCUAUAGGACCAACUAAUAGUCGAAAGUAUACUGUAGCUGUUUACUUUAAAGGUGUUAGGUUAUCACAGGCUGAUGGUCAUAGUAUACAACAGGCUGAAAUGAAUGCAGCUAAUAGUGCUUUAGAGGUAACCGAAGAUUUGUUCCCACAAUUGGAUCACCAAAAAAAAGCAAUUUCAAAAAGUUUGCGUCAUCAAAGUGCAGAUGAUAAUACACAUUUUAUGGACAUAGAAACAGUUUUAAAAUCACAUUCAUCUAAAAGUGAUUCACACCUAAGUGAAACAGAAAAGAAUAAAAAUGAAUUACACAAAAAAUUAUUAGCAGUAUUAUGUUCUGGCGAGAAUUAUAAUGAUGAAAUAGAUGAACUAGAAAGAAAAAAUCCUAAAAAAAAACCCAAUAAGAGAAAAACUUAAAGGGAGUACCAG